GAGAGAGGGAGAAACCGACGAGGCUGAGGGUGCCUGUCAACUUUAGGCCUCUCUAGGCGUGGGCGGAUGCUCGGGAGGGUGAGAGACGUCGAUAACAGGAGCUUCAAAACCGCUAUCUCCCGCUUGCCGUAGCUUGGUGACGUCACUUCGCGAGCCAGCAGGACAACGCUGAUUGGCUGGCAGGCUGUGCGGGGGCAUGCGCAGUGAGUGGUCCUGGAGCCGGAUUGGAAGUGGCGGGGAGAGCAUCUUGGGCUCUUAAAGGGACAGCGCGGCUGAAGGGAUUUGGAGGAAGGCGGCUGCAGCUGCAAGAUGAGUGAAUCCCUCGUGGUUUGUGACGUUGCUGAAGACCUUGUGGAGAAGCUGAGAAAAUUCCGUUUCCGCAAAGAGACUAACAAUGCUGCGAUUAUCAUGAAGAUUGACAAGGAUAAGCAGCUGGUGGUUCUGGAUGAAGAACAUGAGGGCAUUUCUCCUGAUGAACUAAAAGAUGAGCUUCCAGAGAGGCAGCCUCGAUUCAUUGUCUAUAGCUACAAGUGCCAGCAUGAUGAUGGAAGAGUCUCUUACCCACUCUGCUUCAUUUUCUCCAGCCCUGUUGGGUGUAAGCCUGAGCAACAGAUGAUGUAUGCUGGCAGCAAAAAUAAGCUAGUACAGACAGCUGAACUUACAAAGGUAUUUGAAAUAAGGAAUACAGAAGACCUCACUGAGGAGUGGCUCCGUGAGAAGUUGGGCUUCUUCCACUGAACGCAGUAUUAAGCAUUCCACCCUGGUGUUAACUGGAAGCAGACCUGACUCCUUAUAGACCUACAAAGAAUGCACUGUACUCACAGUUGUUUCCUGCAGUGUGUAUGUAUGUACAUAUAUAUUUUUGUGCGUGUAGAGUUUCUACCAACUCGGGGAGGAAGCGUCUCUUGCAUAACCAAACUUUGACCAGGGUUCUCCUCUCUCUGUUACGGUUUAAAAGGGAAGAAUCUCUUCUGCAGGGACUUUUUUUUAAUUUUUUUUUUUUGCACUCAUGACUAAUGUUUCCAUAAUGGCUAGAUCCAGAAUUUGUAACUGUUUACAAGUGUGGGGCACAGUCCCCGAAGGAACAUCUCCUGCACAAACCCCAGCGAAACAAAUGGAAACCUUCUGUGUUAGCUUCUGCUUAUAUCAUUGGGGGCUUCUGCAGGAGAUAUUUCCAGUGGAUGACAUUCAUAAUCUAGCAAUUGACAAUAGCUUUUCUCCUAAGCUACAAACGAAUCUCUUUGACAGAUACUGGACACUAAGGACUUGUAUGUGAAAACAGCAUUGUGUUCAAAUGCUUAAUCCCGCCAGGCAUAACACAUUCCUUACUGACCCAAAUACAGUCCUCCUGAAUCCUUAGUAUGGGUACUUUGUUGUGCAACAUCCUAAAGUCCUCCAGCUUUCAGGACUGACCGUUUGCUUUUCUCCCAAAUUCCAGUUGUUAUCUCAGUUGAUCUCACGUCAGUAUAAUAGCAUGUCAGGAAAAAAGUCUGACCUGCCUAUUUUGUGUGUGUGAUAGCCUUUUUAUUAGUCCAAUGGAAAAUAGUUUUAACGGUUUCAGCGAAACAUCUCUAAGGGCUCAGUAACACUCUCUGGUUACAUCCAUUCCAGAAGUCUUUCUACACAGGCUUAUGAAUUACUCUCUCUCGACUUCUAUUGUCCUGUCUCUUUUUAUACAAGCACUUCUCAAUCUGUGUGCCUUUAAAAAAAAACACAACAAAAAUAAAACAAACCGUUUUUCUCUCCAAUUGAUUGUAAGAGAAUCUCACUGCCAUUUUUUUAAACGCUUAACUGGAUACAGGCCAACUUGGUCUAAAAGAAGAAGCCCGCAUUGUCUUGUGGCCUGAUUCUCCACCCCACCCAAACCCCUUUCAGCUACAGUGGCUCUUAGAUUGUUGAGAUUAAAGCAAGAUCUUUUGCUUUGCCUGACAAACUGCUUCUAUCCCCAGUCUCUAAAUGUUUAACAGGGUCCAGCAAAGCUUUGUGUUGACCUCCAUGGCUUUAUAAGCAGGGCUCCGUAUAUUGUGGUCUCAGCAGGAAAAAAGCUAGAAUAGAUACCUUUCUUCUUCCUUCCUUAAAAUGAGUUUUUAGCCGCUAUGGCCAGGAGCAGCUUGUGUGUGUGUGUGGGGGGGGUGCGCACAAUAAAGAAGGCACAGCUGCCUCUCCAUCCCAGAGUGCUGUUUGCUUCUCUCUCUCCUGCCCCACAUACUGCCUGCAGGCUGGCCAUUCACCAGGUAGAGCUGCAGGGGAGAGAGGAGCAAAUAGUGCUGCUCAAGGAAGGCGAGGCAGCUUCUGUAGUCCCCAAGCAGUAAUCUGCAGGCUACAAAGAUGUCUGUGACCUCAGUUGUCCAUCCCACUGUGCCCCCCGCAGUUGAUCGAGCAGUAAGGGCUGUGUUCUUGAUAGAGCGCAUGUGCCCCAGAUGCAGUGCCAUGCACAUCUCUUUGAGUUCUGUAAUACUAAAGCGUGAAAUCUCCCUCUCUCUCUUUUUACGCCCAAAUUUCUUUUACCUUGAGAAUGCAGGUGGUUUUUCUGGCCCGAUGUUGCUUAAAAUUGGGUAGGACUACCAGCAGCUGGAUAAAACGGCUCUACUGUCAAGGUCUGGCUUGAGGGUGGGGACAGGUUGCCAGGUGGCCAUCCUAGUUCUAGAGGACAAGGGAGGGGCAUUCUCUAGAGCUGCAAGCUGCUUGCUAGACCAGUAGGAUGAAGAGCCCUUUCCUCAUUCUAGGGGUUCUCACACUUGGGUCCCCAGAUGUUGUUGGUCUGCAACUCCCUCCCAUCAUCCUCGGCCACAAUGGCCUUUUGUGGCCAAAGGCCAUUGUGGCUGGGGAUGAUGGGAGUUGUAGGUCCAUAACAUCUGGGGACCCAAGUGUGAGAACCCCUGCUUUAUACCAACUUAAAGACAGCCUGUCUCUGCCCCAGCGUGGCACAGUACCUUCUGGCAAGGAUGCUGGAUAGGGAUGUGCAGAACCGAUUCACUCGUAAACUGGACUGCCAUGAACCAGGCCGGUUCGAUCACGAAACGGUUUGUUGAACCGACUGGCCCAGCCAAAUCAGUGCAACCGAACCAGUUUGCCUUGGUGUGAUUCAGUCCGAAUUUGAACCAAACUGAGCCAAACAGUUUGUGCGCACCCCUAACGCUGGAUGGCCACCUUUUAGCUUGUGCCUUUUUAUGCUAAGUUCCAGCUGCCUAAUCCUGCAAGAAGUUGGCUCAUUCAGCAACCAGCACCAUUGGUCUGGAGGCACCUAAUGGUGCAAUUGACACAGAUGUUAAUAAAACAAAAUCCAGGCUCUUAAAAUUUAGUAGAAAAUAUUGGACUACAUUGAGCUUUUUGUACGUGACAUUAAUUUUAGAACAGUGUCUCUGAGUAACUGUUGGCCUUUGUCACUGAGUUUUGAAAAAAAAUCUUAAUUGGGAGAAUAUAUUCCUUCCUUGGAAGAUCCUUGUCUUCUUUCGUCAAGAUUCCAGUAAGAAAGCAGGAUUUUUUAUAACCAAUUUGAUAAACCUUUUUAUUGGGAGGGGAGCAGUGUAGUCAACAACCCAUCACCUCCAGCCAGAGGGCAUUGCAGCUGGCCAUGAUGGGAGCUGAGAAUCCCUGUUACAGGGAAAACUGAGUGUGUGGGUGGUUGGUGUAGCUUUUUCAUAUACAUGUACAACAGUAGUUCAGGAGAUCUUUGCUAGAGAUGCACCCAAAUGGCAAAAAACAAACUGUUAAUAGUAUCUCUAUUAUAACUUUGAAGGAUUUAUUGAAGCAUUGCCUAAAACUGCCUCAUACAUAAAUAAAGGGGCAAUUUCACUGGAAAAACAUGUGGGAAGUCUGUUGUCCCUAAAUUCUAGGGCUCUUAAGGAAUAAAAUGGGGUGUGUGGGGAGUAGGAGUCCCCUCUUGUACUGUGAAGCCUGUGCUGGGAAAACACAGUGCCCCAUCAUCCACCAAGAACCACCUCUGUCUAAGCCAGGGCUAAGCAACAUUGGCUCUCCAGCUGCUGUAGUACUACAGCUCCCAUCAUCCCCAGCCGCUGGGCAUGAUGGGAGUUGUAGUUGAGCAGCAGCUGGAGAGCUACAGUUUCCUGCCCUGGUCUAAGCCCUACUUAAAACUGGAGUUUCUUUUGUUGGUUUGCUUCAAGGAGCUUGUGAAGGAGACAUGCCCAACAGCCAGGAGGCUUGUCCACGAGGUGAGGUGAUGGCCUAAGCCAGAGAUUCCCAACCUGCGGUACUCCAGAUGUUGCCGGACUACAAUUCCCACCCUCUACAAUUUGUUGUGAUUGCGGGUGAUGGGAGCUUGGCAACAUCUAGAGUACCACAGAUUGGGACCCUCUGGCCUCAGUGGCGCCGGCACCCUGGAGCAUCGAGUGCAGGCAUCCCAUCCCACCACCUGCGGGCGUUGGUUCGCCUGCUGUGGCUCCAUACCUCCCUCCCACUUCUGUCUGCUUGCGACCACUUCGCUGGCUGAAUGGCUUUCUUGCUCGCUUUGCACACCAGCAAGGUGGAGGGAGCGAGAGAGAGAAAGGCAGCCAUGCAGGGAGCUGGUGGGACGAUUGCAAGCCAGCAAGUGGGGAUGAGCGGCCCAUGCAAGGGAUGUGUAGCUGUUGGCGUGUGGAGCCAGCUCCUCCUCCUCUGCUGGCUUGGAAGGGCUUUGCUGGCUGCCUGGGCGGCUUCCUUUCUCUUUCCCCAGGAGGGCAGAGGGGAAAAUGUUUGUGAGCUGGCAGAUGGGGAAGGGCAGGGCUGCCAAGGGCGCCGAGAGGGCCCCACCCCUGAUAUUGGCGUGAGGGGACGUAGCAUAUAAGAGCAGAGGCUUCUCCGUGUGGAUUGCCACCAAGGUCCGCCUUGCCAGUAGACCCACUGAGUUGGCCACCUUCCGGUUUUGUGAUGCUGUUGCUGCUAGAAGUCUCCCUCGUCAUGGGCAGCAGGAUACCCUUUGGCUUUCCUGUCUCAGAUCCGAAAAUGGUUGGGCUCUGCUCUUCUCUGCCGUUCCAGAGAAUCCAUUCUGACCACUUGUAUGUCUCUCUUGGUGGUGGUGAGCUGCAUCCAUUUACUCACACAUGGCAGGGUCAAGUUGUGCAGUUGCUUCUCCAGCCCAUGUGACAUCCCCUAAACCCUCCUGCUCUCUUCUUUAACUGGAGUGGAAGAGUCCCGGGGUGGGACGGAGCGGAAAUCUAAUCUAGCCUGGCAAAAUCUAAACUCUUGACUAGCUUCUGCUUGUAGCCAGGAUUGGAGUUCUCUUUCUGUGGGGGCAGACAAGUUGCUGUCUCUGCACAAUUACUCCAAGGACUGUUGUAGACUUGCUCUUAACCAUGUUUUGAGACAGUCGUCCUCAGCCUUGGGUCUCCACUGUGGGUGGGGAUGAUGGGAGUUGUUGUCCCACAGCAAGGGGGUCCAAGCCUGGGAAUCCCCUGUUCUCAAGUGUCUUGAGAGUGGGCUGCAGGAUUAUCCCCUCCUACAACUUUCUCUCCUUUGCAGUUAAUUCUCUUUCUUCCCUUCUCCCCCAUCCUAACCAUUGUGUUGCCACAUUCAGUUGGCAGCUGUAACCAUGGUUCUUAACCAUGCUGUAACCGGGACUUCCACUCAGUGAAGAUCUUAUACCUCCCUGGAAUAGGGAUGUGCACGAACCAGUUCAGCAGUCCUUUUGCAGACCGCCGAACCGGUUCAGCAUGUGGGCAUGGUUUACCUUUACCUUCCCCACCAGCACUGUCUUUAAAAUCGCUUGCGCAGGGUGGCACCCUAUCUCCUUGCUGCCCCGGUCAGCGUCAAACCAGAAGUGCCCAACGCACAUGCAGAUUUUCAGUACAAGUUUUGAGGCUACAGCAACUAAAUUUGAAGAAGUGAUUUGCGUUAAACUGAAUCCUAAUCUUGAAAGCUUCAGUAAGCAGCAGAUAAAAAUGAGCAUUAAGGGAGAGCUUUAGAACUAGGUGAUCCAAUCAAAACAAAACAAACCCGCUUUCUCCAAAUUGGAGGCUCGCCUUUUUGUAACUUCAUAGGGUGUAGUGGUUGCAACUGGCAAUCCUGUAUCUGCCUCUCCUGGAAGGGACUUGUAAAUGCUUGAAUUGGGGACUGGGCACAGGGUAGACCAUUCACCAUUCCAAGCUGAUAGUGUAGCACUGACAGUCAGUGCUUGAAAUCCUUUUCUCUUAUUGCCUUUUGGUGGCACACCUGGGUUUGUUGUUAUGAACACUCAGCAGGGAAUUGCAGCAGACCCUAGUUUCACAGCAAGUGUGCUUAUAUGCUCUACGCUCACUGGUACGCCCAAGAUGUGUUUGUGUAUUAACUAGGCCCCUUUGUGCUAUAGGAUUGUUUACUUGAACUACAGACGCUGGGUGUAGCAAACUAAACUAAAUUGGGCAGGAUGUGAUGGUGAUUAGGGAAUGAGUUUAAUUUUUCCUCCACUUAGGUUGUCAUAUUCCUUCUGUAAUCCAAAUUGAUUAGGCUUGGGAUGUGGGGGCAGGGCGGGGGGCUUGCAUGGUCUAACUGAACAGUUUGGCCUAUGCUGUGCAAUGAAGGGAAUUAUUUUCUAGCUGGCAGAAACGAGCUUUCUUAAUGUUGUUCCAAGCUCAGUUGGCAGUUCUCGUUUUCCCCGUUUGUUGUGCACAGAAGGCGUGUUGACCUAAAAAUGUUGUUGGCUCUAGCAUGUGAUGCUGAUCAAUGGGAAUGAUUUGUUUACCAGCCUGUUGUGAGUGAAGAGUGUGUUUGAGCAUCUACUUAUGAAGCUGCUAUGCUCUUAACAAACAAACAAAAAAUGGUUUGAGUUAAAAUGCUGUAGCAAACUGAUCUGGAUGCUCUCUCUCACUGCUGCUCUCUAAUGUACAGAGGUCCACUUCUGAUGUAGGAAGCCAGCCUUGUGGAUCUUCUGGACUGGAUCACUGGGACAAGAGAUCCCCCCCAUUGUUUAUGUAGGGCUUGGCAAAUGGAUGUAUAGCAUAUAGCUAUCAAGAGAAGUCUGGCCACACAGAGCAAGUGUUUGCUUGCUGUUUUUGUGAUGCAGAAAAUGCUAGGCUGGGACACUUCACACUGACAAUUUAGCUUUCCAUAUGCAAGGAUAACCUGACACUGGAAUGCUUCUAAAGCCAUUUCUGUGUGCAUCCAGAGGUGAUAAAGAUACAUGAGACUAGGUCAGAUCAGAAAUCAUGAACUUCUGUGGAAGCUCUUACUUAAUUACCACCCCAGCUGCUAUUUGCCCAGUGAUCAGGAAGGGUUAAGGGUGAGUGUGGACAACAACACCUCACCUUCCAGUCUCUGCUCAGCCAUUAACUUGAUGGUUUGGUUUUGGACCAGUCACUGCUCUCUGUCCUCCAUCUGCAGUAUGGCAAUCAUUACAACCACCUGAUAGGGUUGGGUUUCUGAGCUGGUGUUUACAGGAUUUUGAACAAAUGAAAUGUACUACAAGGCCUAAGUGUUAAGCAAAAAUAAACAUCGCCAAUAGAUGCAAUGGAGUGAGUUGUAUCUGUCAUCGGUGAUGUCAUGGGCACUAUCCAGUAGGUGCCCCCUCUCUAUUGCAAUGUCCUUUCUCAGUGUGUGGGGGCGGGGGAACAUCUCCUUUCCCCAGUUACAAUAUAGUAUGGAAACAGAAGGCACUUCCUUGAGUGGGAAACAUCUGGAUCUUGCACAACUGUCCAUUUUAUUGUUCCAUGAACUGAAUUGACCAAAUGAGAAGGUCCUGACAAUUCCAUGAAACUAUCCAUCUUGACAGCUGUCACGGUGUCCGCACACUUGUAUAUGUUUUUUAAAUGCUCUGCUUAGUUGACUCUGCAUGUCUUAUUUUAAACCAAAAUUUAACUUUUUUUUUUGCUAAGCAUGGUGCUUGUAUCAGUAUAGAUAAUGGAAAAAAUGUUUUAAAAUGUUAAUGAAUAAAAGCCUAUCAACUUUU